AUGAACGAAGCGGUUAUCAAAGAUAGAGUCAUCGAAGAAGAUUUCAAUUUUACGUUCAGAAAUGGCGAAUUCGUCGAAGUGAAACAAGAAGAAAUUGAACAAAAACCAGAAUAUCUUCUAGAACAAGAAUUCAAAACGGAGACGAAUGAUGAUUAUUUCGAAAAUACAAAUUCGGAUGAAUUUCCUGAAGACAUCAAACCGGAGCCAAAAGAAAGUGAUUCUCCUUUUGAGAAGGUGCCCAAAGAAGCCGGCGAUUUUCAAUGCGAAAUUUGUCAGAAGAUGUUGUCAAGAAAACUUUUAAAAAUGAUCAAAUCGGAAGAGGACAAAACUGUUCUGUCUGAAAUUUUCAAAGUUGAAGGGUUUGGCGAAAUAAAUCCGACAUAUGUUUGUUAUUCUCAUAUUCAAGCAAUUAUUGAUGAUUAUGACGGAAAAUUGAAGAAAGUGAGGAAAUCACGACGACAAAAUUGCCAAGUUUGUCACAUGAAUAAACCGCAUUCUGAAUUUUAUGAUAUUUAUUCAAAAAGAAUUCGAAUGGUGAUAAUGAUUGGAUGCAUUCUUCGUGACACUCAUUCAAUCGAUCAAGCAAUUUCUUACAUAACGAAUACCAAUGGGAUGACAUGUUAUUCACACCGCAAAGAGUCCAUUGACAUGAUUUUUGAUUACUUGGGAAUCAGUGAGAUUCAGGAGUUUUUUAGGUUCCCCAGACAUGCGAUGGGCGAUUUGGUGAAUAUUGCGAAGAAUUUCGAUUCGGAUUUCACAGAAGAUCACUUUUUCCGGGCAUUCAGCACUCUUUAUAUGAGAAAACCAAAAAAUGCUCCAAAACGAUGUCCACUGUGCUCUCACGAACGUGCGUACUUCAUGCAACUGCAAACGCGCUCCGCCGACGAACCGAUAACCAUCUUCUACCGGUGUGCCAACAACUCGUGUGCUCAUCGCUGGAAGGAAUAA